AUGAAGCUGUUCCUUCUAAGCUGCUUGCUGGUUUCUUGCUGUUGCCAGGCUGGAGCAGUGAACAGGGAGUACUACAUCGGCAUUAGGGAGACAGCCUGGAACUAUGCACCCGGCAGUGCCAACGCCAUCUCGGGGCAGCUGUUUGCAGAAGAGGAGCAGGCUGAAGUCUUUCUCAAAAGAGGACCACACAGGAUAGGAAGCAUUUACAAGAAGGCUGUCUACACUCAGUACACCAAUCAUUUAUAUGAUGAGAUAGUUGAGAAACCUUCCUGGCUGGGAUUUUUAGGCCCUAUAAUUAAGGGAGAAGUUGGUGAUUCCAUUACUAUUCACUUGAAAAACUUUGCUUCCCGAAACUACACACUGCAUCCCCACGGUGUAAGAUACACAAAAGAAAAUGAAGGUGCUCUUUAUCCUGACAACACCAAAGAUGUGCAAAAGAGAGAUGAUGCUGUGGAGCCCGGAGGCCUGUGCACUUACACAUGGGAUGUGACAGAAGAUCAGGGUCCAGCUGAAGGAGAUGCAGACUGCAUAACCAGGGCUUACCACUCCCACACAGAUGCUCCAAGAGAUGUUGCCUCAGGGCUUGUUGGGCCUUUAAUAAUUUGCAGGAAAGGUACAAUGAAUGGGAACAGUGAUCCACACUUUGAUGCUGAAUUUAUCCUUAUGUUUUCUGUGAUGGAUGAAAAUCUCAGUUGGUAUCUAGAUGACAAUAUCAGAACAUACUGUUCUGAGCCUUCCAAAGUGAACAAGGACGAUGAGGACUUCCAGGAAAGCAAUAAAAUGCACUCAAUCAACGGGUACAUGUAUGGAUACCUCCCAAACCUCACAAUGUGUGUGGAAGAUAAGGUAAAAUGGCAUCUUUUUGGCAUGGGAAAUGAAGCUGAUAUCCACUCAGCCUACUUUCAUGGACAGACCUUAAUAGAAAGGCAUCAUCGAGUUGACACCAUCAGCCUCUUCCCAGCCACAUUUGUCGAUGCUGUCAUGAUACCAAGGAGCUCUGGGGAGUGGCUGCUCAGCUGCCAAGUGAAUGACCAUAUCGAAGGUGGUAUGCAGGCACUUUUUGAAGUAAAAGAUUGUAAAAAAUCCACACCGGAUCACAAUGAGUGUACAAAGAUAAGACAGUACUUCAUUGCUGCCGAAGAGAUCAUCUGGAAUUAUGGACCAUCUGCAAUGAACCAUUUUACAGGACAAGAAUUAAUUGUUGACAGUGAAUCUCAGACGUUUUUUGAGCAAAGUGAGACAAGAAUUGGUGGUUCUUAUAAAAAAGCAGUUUACAGGGAAUACACAGAUGGUUCUUUCACUGAACAUAAAAAAAGACUCGCAGAGGAAGCACAUCUUGGACUCUUAGGCCCCGUGAUCAAGGCCGAAGUGGGCGAGUGCCUGAGGGUGACGUUCCGGAACAACGCGAGCCGCGUGUUCAGCAUGCAGCCCCACG